AUGCCUGCCCCUUCAUAUCCCCUCCCCGCGUCGCCAUCCGCAAUCCAGCUCUACCGUCAUAUUCUCCGAGAAUGUUCUUACUUACCUCCCGCCUUCCGCGCCGAGAUUGCCUCCGCAAUUCAAGAUCGUUUUCAUAGACAUCGAAAGUAUGACCCACGUGCAAAAUCCCAUCUCACAAGAGCGCAGACAGCUCUACGAACUCUACGAGCUGCCAAUAGCGGCGAGCAGUCCGCCAUGGAGGGCUUGAUAUCCAAGGGGUUUGGGAGAACAGGAAGCAGGCGACGAGAACUGAUGGCCAAAUUCGUGAUCCCACAGGGGCCCAGAGAUACAGGCGCUCUUGAAGAAGCUCUUGUGUCAGCCGACAGAGGAAAUAAAGCGGCAAAAGACUCUGCCUUUUCAACGCAGGUAUCAGAAGAGAGCGAAUCAAAAAUCAAAAGGAAAUUUUUCGAUAAAUGGGACCAAAAAAAGCUCUUGCGGCUUCUAUCAUCACAGCGGCAGCAACAGCGGGACACAAAGGGAAUGGCCAGCUGGCGGGGAGCAAUCGUCAAGACGAUUGACCCGGAUCAAUUCAUUCCUAAAGAGACCAUCUGGGGGAAACCACCUGGAGAGAAUCUAAGACAAACGAAAAGAGCUCACUGGUGGCGGCGGAGUGCUGAAAAGAUCAUGCCUCCGCUGGGCAGGGGCGAGUGGGAGAUGCUCAAGCAGCUGAGUAACGGAGGCCAAGAGAGAGGCGAGUGGAACGUCCCAGAGAGGCGAACAUCAGCAAAGCCGUUGGUGACCUCGGCAGAGACCGGCGAGCAAGCAUCUUGGAGCUGGGCAGAUUAUGCCACAAAGCCAGCGGCGAUUGUCGAGAAACCCAAAUCCCUUAAACAACAGCGGCGAACCGGCCAAAAGGACAGCAGCCCGUACGGCGUCAAGGACCGGGAUCGCACACUGUCUGCGAGAUGGUUCCAGAGAGCCUACACCAGAGCGUGGCAGCUUACACCAACAAUGUCACAGGACCCCAACACGCUCAACUAUUCGUUCACAUGGGGAAGUGUCCAGCCAAAGCUCCCUCCAGCAGCUCAGCACCAGCUCGAGAUCUUUCAAGGUGUCGACCAAAAGGGCCGCAAAGUGCGUAAUACGCCAUCGUCGUGA